CCCUGAAUGACUGCAUAAACAAAACAUUUUUAUUGUUUUGAUUAGUGUUUGGAAAACAAAAACCAGUGAAACAAACAUCACUUGAUUUGGUCGACAAGUUUGCCAUCAGAUCCAGUCAUACCAAUCGCGACGACAAUCACAUUAACGGUGGCCAGAUAUCACCGCCGAAGAAGUCAUGAACAGCUUCCUUAUGGCCACUAAACUGAGGAUAGGAUCCGUUGCCACAAAGACUGCGAGACAACUGUUGACCACAAAUGCUUACCACAGUUGCCGUCGACCGCAACACCAGAUGCAGAGAUGUCUGUCGAUUAUGGCAUCAAAACAGAGUCCAAUCGGUCGUCAGACAGACACCGCGACCGCCGCUGACAUAAAACAGAAGAAACUGUCGCUGAGGAGGGAAAUGGUGCAGAAGAUCACAGCGACGGGUCCCAUGACUGUCGCCGAAUACCAGCAAAUGGUGUUAACGCAUCCCAUCUCCGGCUUCUACAUGAAGGACGAUGUCUUUGGAGCCAAAGGACACUUCACGACAUCGCCAGAGAUAUCGCAGAUCUUCGGCGAGUUGAUCGCCGUAUGGCUGUUGAAUGAGUGGCAGCGGUACGGGUGUCCCAAACCAUUACGAGUGGUGGAGUUGGGCCCCGGGAGGGGAACGUUGGCGGCAGACGUGGGCCGCGUGUUGUCGCAGUUCUCGCACUCAAAAGACGUGACUUCUUUGCAUUUGAUUGAAUUGUCGCCACAUUUGACGCAAAUCCAGGAGCAGAACAUAUGCGGCACCGUUAGUCUCAUUGAGCGGAAUGAGAGCGAAAAGGACUUCCGACACUCGGCCCUCACGCAGACAGGACUGCCCAUCACGUGGUACCGAUCCAUGGAUCAGAUCGGCUCUAAGCCGGGCUUCUCGGCCUACAUCGCGCACGAGUUUCUCGACGCCCUUCCCGUUCACAAGUUUGUGAAAUCGCCGUCCGGUCAGUGGCGGGAAGUGCUCAUCGAUUGCGACCCAAACGGCGAAUUGCGUUACAUUAUCGCCAACAACGCCACCCCCGCCUCCAAGAUGUUCAUCGAUGGCGCCAACAUACAGUCAGACAAUCUGGAGGUGUGUCCACAGGCGGCACUCAUCAUGGAUCAGGUCAUCUCGCGGUUCAGUCGCAAGAAUCCAGGAUGUUUUCUGGUCUGCGAUUACGGUUACGACGACCCGAACGCCAAUAGAGACACAUUCCGGGCCUUCAGAGACCACCAGAUGUGGGACCCCCUGCGAGAGCCGGGCACUGCCGACCUGACCGCUGAUGUGGACUUCGGUUACCUCAAGAAACACAUCAAAGACAAGGCGACUGUAUUCGGGACAGUCACUCAACAGCACUUCCUUAAGAGUCUCGGCAUUGAGUUAAGGCUUUCUCAACUGAUGGGUCAGGCGAGUGACGAUCAAAAGGCUGACCUCCAGAGCGGCGUCGAUAUGCUUCUGAAGGAUAUGGGCGACAGAUAUAAGUUUUUGUCGGUAUUCCCGGCUAAUUAUAAGGAGACGUUCGCUGCCAUACCGCCCGCCGGUUUCGUAUGAGUCCGUAAUAUACUGUAUAAUGUAUUCCCGUUUUGUUAUUAACUUCUAAUUCAAUAUAAGUCUAAUGUAUACGAGUUGUCGAUUGCAUUUGAAAUUACAUUGAUUUUUGUGCUUAAAAAUCAUAUAUUAAUCGAUGAAUUGAAUGAUUGUUUGUUGCCAUUCAUUUUGCACAACAUUUUUAUUAUAUAAACAGUUAAUAAAAAUAUAUAAGUAAAAAGUUAUACAAAUGUAAUGUGAGUUUUUUUUAAUAUUUCGAGCUUUUGUUUUUGUAUUUUAUAAUUAAAUAUAUUUUAUAUUUCGGUACAAAUGUGUUGUAAUUUGUUUUAAACGCC